UUAUUCCUAAUAGGAAUACAUGGAAUAAAAGGAAUAAUUAUAUGUGGAAUGGGAAAAAUUGGAAUGAUAAACAAAAUGGAAUAAAAACUGAAAUUUGUUUUGGAAUUGGAAUUCCAAUCAUCCCACACAUUCACGAUCAUUUUUGAUCUGGAACAAAUGGAAAAGAUUUUACAAAGGCUGUAACUGGAUUGCAUUUUUUAUGAAUGGAAUCAUGUGGAAUUAGUCAUUCAUGAGCAUUCCAGAAAAAAGUUACCAGUUAAGUGGAAAAAAUUAAAAAAUUGAUUCCAUUAAUUCCUGUGGGAUAACUGAAAAAAUUUGUGAAUCACGUUAAAAACCAUUCAUAAUAAAAAAGUUAGAGGAAUGAAAGGAAUGCAUGGAAUGGAUUAACUUAAAUAUAAUUAAAAAAUAAAUACAUAUAUCAUUCCAUUAAUUCCUCAAAUUAUCUCUAUUCCAUUCUAUUUUAUUCCAUUAAUUCCAAUUCCAUUUAUUCCAUUCAUUCCUAAAAUGAGUUACCAGUUACAGCCAAAGGAUUUGUUUUUAAGUUUUAUUCCAUUUUUGGAAUAUGUGGAAUUGAUUUCAAAAGGUUUUCCAUGUAACUGGUAAAUAUUUUUUGUAAUUCUGUGGAAUGAUGCAUUCCAAACAAUUCUAUUCCAAAAUUUAGCAUUCCAGUUGCAGCCUACAAUUUUUCCCCCCAACCUGCUACAUAUUAUUAACCAACAAUUAAAUCACAUAUAUAUAUAUAUGACUAACUCUAUCUCUAUAUUACAGAUUUACAGACAUAAUGGUGAUGCAAGAGAUGAAGAACAUACCUGCGUCCCGACGACAUUGUUGAGGCACUUCAAACUCGAAAGGAUGAAUGUAACAUUUAUAUCAGCUAUGGAAUCCAAUUUAUACAUGAUUUGAUGUAUAGAUCAUGUCCACAUGGCCAAUUUGCACCAUUUUAAACUCUUAUUUUUAAGUUUUAUUAUUGUCAAGACAGUAAAUCCUGUAGACUGCUUCAAUGACAGUAAUGCACCCGAAUCUUUGUAACAAAAAUAAAAAUAAAAAUUUGGACAGCUUUGCUAAAAACAUGGUUAUAAAUACUUUUCAGUCAUAAAUAUGAAUUAUAUGUAUUUCUCUUAUAUUCAUAAUUCAUAUAACACACUGACAUUAAAUUGAAACUGAAGAAAAAAGGGAAACAAAAGCUUGUUAGUAUAUAUAUAUAUAUAUAUAUAGUAGCAAAACGAUACAUUGAAUAACCUUUCAUCAUUCCAUAGGACCAUAGCCAAAGAAGAUUUUAUUUUCUUCCCUAAAAAAUUAGCGUGGAAAGUUAGAGCUUGGGCUACAACAAAGAUCUAACUUCUCACUCUCUUGCUCAUCACUGUACUAAAAAAAACCCUAACUCAUAUAUAUAUAUUUAUGUACACUUUGGGUCUACUAGAUAAUGCUUUUCUGUCUAUAAACUAUUUUUAUCAAUGUGUAAAUGAUAUAUGAUUUGCUUGGAUUAAUACGUUUCAGGCAACAUGAACGACAUCAGAAAUGAUGAGCAGAUCAUAACCGAAUCCGCCGGAGAACCCAAAGAGAGGGAAAAAUACAUGCAUUCACGGUGGAAUCCGACACCUGAGCAGACGAUGGUGCUUGAGGAGGUUUACAGCAGCGGAACUCGGACGCCGACGACACAACAGAUCCAAGAGAUUGCAUCUAAGCUCCAAAAGUAUGGGAGAAUUGAAGGAAAGAACGUUUUCUACUGGUUCCAAAACCAUAAGUCAAGGGAGAGGCUGAAACGACGCCGUGGUGAUCAACAAGGAGUUACUACUAUUAGUAACGUUCAUGAAGAAACUCUACGCAAGGACAACGUCAUUGUAGAUACGGCAAACAAGGAUUCAUCAUCAGGUAAUUAUAUAUACCGAACUUUAUUUGCUGUUUUAUCUCAUCAGAAAAACUCUAUUGAUGAUGGGAAGCGGGAAGAAUAUAAGAGGGGGUUAGAGGAAGAAAAGGAAACAACUUCCCAAAAUCAGAUACAUCCAAGCAACACUUCAGACUUUAACUACCAUCUGAUAACUGCUUCUAAACCAAGUCAAGAAGAAGAGCAGCAGUACAAGCUGAAUGAUGAUGAAGAAGAAGAAGAAGAAACAAGGAAAAGCCGAACGCUCGAUCUCUUUCCGGUUAUAGAGAACCAAGAGACAAUCGAUUUUGAAGAGAAGAACACAAAACCAAACCAGUUGUACUGCAACUACUGUUAUUAUUACGAGUUCAUGCCUCUGAUGAACUGAAGCCAAAACCCAUGUGGGUCGGUUGGAUUUAUUUAAUGAAGGUUUUGUAGCUUUGUGUGAAAAAGGGUUAAGUAAUGUGUCUGAAGGGAAGUGUGUGAGAGAGAAAAGAGGCUGUAGAUGGAGACGUGUAGUGUAGUAAAUGUUGGGUGUAUUAUAACCCGAAUGUGAAGCUUGGAGCAUUUUAAGGUUUGGAGCUGAGACUGUGUCUUAAAGCUUCGAUGUUUCGUUGUCUGUGUAAGGAAUUUAUAUAAGUUUUAAAUCUGUGGUGUUAGAGUUAUUAAAUGUGGGUUUCUUGUUCAA